UUGUGCUGGGAAAGUCCUACUUCGGUUGAUUCGAUUUAUUUGCUAUAUUCAGUCACUAUACGACCACUUAUGAUCUACUUUUAUCUAUCUUUAGGAACUCACAAGAUACAGCACUUGACACUUUCGCCAUCUCAUUCUAUCUUCCCCUUUUGCCUAUAUCCCAUUUUAGUCUCCCAUCUACAACCUUCGCCACGGAUUGCAUGUUGCACAGAAACAAGACCAGUAGACGCAGCAGCUGCGGUCACGCUCACACCCGCUUGAGCAAAGGACUUUUUAGCGUCUUCUCGGGCUUCACGAGUAGCAGCAACAACAGAACCAGUGCCGCUACCACUACCACUAGCACAACCCGGCGCGAGAAAGUUGCAAAAAAGAUUCUGCGUGGCAGGACCCAACGCCAGCGACAACAUUCGCUGGAUGGUUUCCGGCAGGGCCACUACCCUGCCCCGCCCCCCCGGGACAAAGCCCCAAUGUCCAUCGGCAUCCUGCAAAAGGAGACGCCCGCCUCCAUGAUGGAGCGCCCCGUCCACUUGCACGGGCGGCGCGGCCUGCCGAGUCUGAACACCAAGAUGCCACCCCUGAAGGGUGUACCUAACUUCUCGCGCAAGAGCCCGACACCGAGCCCUGUGCGAACCAAACGGCCCAUGUUCAGCGAAUCGGCACUCACGACGAACUCGUCUGCGUCCUGCGAGGUGUUUGUUUGGCUCAACGAUAACGGGUCCAUGCCAGUUGUGCGGACGCCGAGUAUAUCGUACUAUCAUGGCGCGUCACUUGACCACCGCAACAGCAGCAACACGAGCAACAAUAUUAGGAGUAGCCACAAUGACACCUACGUCCUCCAGCCUCGCACGUAUGGUGAGAGUCCCCAGAAAACGAGGAACACAGCAAGCUGCCAGCCCCAAGAAGACGGCCUUUCCACCAUCCACGAAGCGCCGACUGAAUCACAACCCGACGUAGCUUGGACAACGAUCCCCUCAGCACGGGGCUACUCUUCCCCCACAACGCCGCCAGUUCCCGAAUUAGAGGAUGGGGACAUAUCACCAGACAUGUGUUCGCUGGGCGGCCCAACUCCGCCCACGCCCAAGGACACCGACGCGUUAGAUCUGGGGCGCCGGAAACCGACCAAGAGCAUCACUGAAGAAUGUGAGGACAUCCUUGACAACUUCAACAGAGCGGCCACGCGAGUCGAGAAGCAGAACACGAAGAAGAGGAGAGAUACGGCCAAGGGCGUCCCCAUCGUAGUCCCCCAUGCACCUAGCAUGGCGACAUACCUCCGCGGUAGCAUGGCGCAGUUUGCGCAUGGAAAUCACUAUGCCCAUGAGCCUCUUUUUGGUCCGCAGGCCGAGACACCGCUGCCCACCACCAAUCUCUCUGACGGCGUCCGGGAGAAAGUCGGUGGGCACAUCGACAAGAGGGUCCCCAGCAUCCCUCCUAUUAGCCCUCCGAAGGAGGAUAUCUCGACGAAAGGACCCGCGGAGCCGGACAGGGGCCGAGAUCCUGAUAUUCCCUGUGCAGACCAAAGCCCGCCUCCUACCUCGUCUGUUGAGAACGUGAAGGUGGACGAGCCUACAAGGUCCCCAAUGGGUGAACGGGGUGGUCGUCCUGAUCGAGAAAGUACUGCGAUGGGGAAGGCCGCAGGCGACCUCGAUUCGCCGGUCGUUAAUGACGCACCGUAUGCCUCGCGGCACGUACCCAAAAGCAAAUAUCAGUGGCAGCUUAUAGAAGAGGCUACAAGAAAGGCCAAAGAAGCCACCAAAGAUGUCAGGGAGUCAAAAGAUACCAUACAUGCCAGAAAAGCCGCUAAAAACAUCAAGAAGUUCAACGAGAUCAGGGAGUCUAAAGGUACCAAACGGCCUGUCAUUCUUGAUGCUAAGCGUGCCAACGCGCCCAACGACAGGUUCAGUCUGGGCCCCACGUCCGACAGCCCCCUUGCCGUCCAGAGACGCCGUGGCAGGACGCAUUGCCCCUGCCAGAAACAAGCUCCAUACGUGCACAGUUCUGACCUGCCGCAUUCAGCCUCGGUGGGUACGUAUGCUAUGUCAGAGAUGCCGGCGGACGCCGCUUCAGAGGUAAUUUCCAAGGUGUCGCCUCCAUUGGGCGACCGCGACGAUCGAGCCAGCAUCACCAUAAAAAAUGUUAAUCAAGACAUCGACGACAUCUUGGCCUUCUAUAGCGACCUCUGGGACUCCGAGCGGGAGGAGUUGAAGAAGUGGAAGAAGCAGCUGGAGGAGGCGGAGGAGGCGGAGAAAGAACAGGCGGAGAAGAAGGAAUUUGUUCCUGUACGGAAACAGCUGGAGAAGGAGCGGGAGGAGGCGGAUAAGCGGGGCGAUAUCGCCGCCUUCAACAACUGCGAGAGGCAACUGAAGUUGCUUGACGGUAUGAUCUAGACAUCACCAAGCCCGAUCCUGCCGUACCAAAGGUGAGAGAAGAGAGGCCUGUGUGUAUGUUCGUGCAUAAAUGACAGAUCACCGUCAUAGAAAGUGCAGGGGUGCAAGGGUAUAGCCAUCUUUCAGGAAGUAAAAGAUAAAUGCAUUCAUAAACUCAUCUUUGGAGAGAAUAACCAAGUCCGCCAGGACGCCCCUCAACAUGAUUAUUCUGUGAAAACGCCUUCCAUA